CGUAACCGCGUAGUGCCGGAAGCGGCUGAGCGGGCCAUGGAGGACGGACCCGCGGGCGGAAACCUCCCGCGAGAGGCCUCGACUGAGGAGGCUGAGCCGCUGGGUGCUACGUGGAGCGGGGACAGCGGCCACGUGUCGCAGAGCCAGAGCAGCGCGUCAGGGCCGUGGGAGGAUGAUGGCUCCGAGGACGCGCCGGGCCGCGACCUGCCGCUGCUGCGCCGUGCUGCCUUGGGUUACGCCUCCAGCCUGCUGCCGGCCGCGGGGCCGCGGCCCGAGGUGGAGGCUCUGGACGCCAGCCUGGAAGACCUGCUGGCCAGGGUGGACGAGUUCGUGGGCAUGCUGGACAUGAUUCGCGGAGACUCGUCCCACGUGGUGAGCGAGGGCGUGCCGCGGAUUCACGCCAAAGCCGCGGAGAUGAGGCGCAUCUACGGCCGGAUCGACAAGCUCGAGGCUUUCGUGCGGAUGAUCGGCUGCAGCGUGGCCAGGAUGGAGGAGCAGGUCACCAAGGCCGAGGCCGAGCUGGGGACCUUCCCUCGGGCCUUCCGGAGGCUGUUGCACACCAUCAGCGUCCCCGCUCUCUUCAAGUCCGCACCCACCGGGCCCCAGCGUUCCGCCUACGAACCGCCGGUCCUGUUUCGGACCGAGGACCACUUCCCCGGCUGCGAUGACAGACCGCAGCUCUGAUCCUGCACCUUUACCGCAGGAGAACUGCAGUAAGACUCUUGUUCCGAGUGUUAAGAGAUCCUGCCAAACCGGUGUAUAUGAUAUCGGAAUGUGAACUGUUAAAAGUGUAUUUUCUGCAAACGACUCGAUAUCGUCAAUAUUCAAUGUCGAGAAUGUAGAUCCCCGUGUCUUCCAGUUCUGAUCCUAAAGUUGUUUGGUGGUGGGGUCUGGGGGAGCCAACUGAAUUAAUUUAUCUGUGCAAUAUGGCAGAGCUGUUAUUUUUGUGGCCUUUAUUACAGUUAACAGUGUUACCUUAAGAUUUAUAUAUUUAUAUGAUCAAAAGUGACCAAGAAAUUAAAGCUGUAUUCUUAAAUCCUAACAGUGAAGUGGUUCAGUUUUUGUAGCUUUCUAGGAUAGAUGGCAGAUUAUUUAGUAUCAUAUUCAACUUUACAGAUUGUAGGCCAAAGGAAAUAAGAUAGUUUCUCGAUGUAGCCAAACUGGGUGUGUUUUGUUGCAGCAAGUUUUGAAGUUGUAUUUGACAGUAUGAUUCAAAGGCUUAGUUUAUCAUAGCAAGCAUAUUAAUGUAUGGUUAUCAGUGUUCAGUUGAUAGCACAUUAAUUAAAAUGUUAAAUUUCAUUGAAGGAGGUUUCCUUCUGGAAAUUAUUUAAUGUAUUUCCUGUUUCGUUUGGAAAUAAGCCUGUCGUUCAUGUUUUUAAUAGUGGAGUAAGAAAAGGCAGCUUCCUUCUUCAAAAGCUGGUGUGAAAAACCAACCUUGCUGCUGUCUUCACUGCUCUGCUUUCUCCCUGGGUCCCAUGGGAGUCGUAGGAGGGAUUUGUUCUUUCACUUCGGGGAUACAGAAUGUGUGAAGGCCUCUUACUAACAAACUACAGUUCCCUAAGUUGGUUCUCCCAGGCAGUAGCCUCAAGGAAGUACUCAGCUGGGUGCAUUGCUGUCAGUGAGGGUAAGUAAAAUCAGCAAUAGAGCCGGGUGUGAUGGCACACAUUGCAGUCCCAGCACUCGGGACGCUGGCAGGAAGAGCACAGGUACCAGGAUAGCCUGGGCUAUAGAGUAAGUUCCAAGUCAGCUUAGAUAGCUAGGAAGACCAUGGAUCAGAAAAUAAAUGACUUAGCCAGGCACAGUGAAGCAUGUCUCUAAUCCCAGCACUCAGGAGGCAGAGGUAGGCAGAUCGCUAUUAGUUUGAGGCCAGCCUGAUCUACAUAGAGAGUUCGAGGACAGCCAGGGCUACAUAAAGAAAACCCAUCUCCGAAAACAAAUAAACUUGAUAAUGAAAUCUCA